GCGGCUGACGUCGGAGGGAAGGGAAUCGGCGCAGGCCAAACCUCGGCCGAUCGGCGCGUGCCCGGAGCUGGGCCGUUCGUUAAUACGUUAACGUAUUGCGCCCCUCUCCUAACGGUCCGCGUGCGGGAGGAAAACUGAAGCGCGGCGCAGGCUGCCUCGGAGCUCCUCAGUACGGCGCCGUGGCGCAGCCCCGCUGAGGAGCGCUGGGCGGCGGCCGAGGCCGCGUCGAACGCGCGACGGCGUUUCAUUACGAGUGACCUUAACGCCGGCGGCGGGGGGCACCGGUGCCCCAUAGCUUAACAUGGAACGGCCUAGCUGCGUUCUGGACAGCGCGCCGCUUCCCAAUGUGUCCAGGGAAGGGCAGCGAGCGCUCCCGAAGAGAAGCUGGCAGGGAGGCAGGGAGAGCGCGGGCGGCAGCAGAUGUGGAGGAGGCCAAAGCGAGCGGUCGUGUGCGAGGGAAGAGCGUGUGGGGCAGCAGCGCGGCGUGCCGCUCUGCCCGCAGCGCGGGGGGCUCCGUCCCGCCCUUCUUGGGGCUCCUGGGAGGCGGCAGCCGGAUAGAAGCGGCUCUGGCAGCGAGCAACCCCUGCGGCAGAGGAGGGCUCCCGGCACGCGGCUGGUGGUGCUUCCAGAUGUCGGUGUUGGGGCCUUUGUGGUUUUGACGCGGGUUCCCAAGCUCUCCACGCUGUGUGAGGAGAUUGAAAAGCUUAGAAUGGCUGGAGAACAGAAACCAUCCUGCAAUCUUCUAGAGCAGUUUAUUUUACUAGCCAAAGGUACAAGUGGCUCGGCUCUGACUGCUCUGAUAAACCAAGUGCUGGAGGCUCCUGGGGUUUAUGUCUUUGGAGAGCUGUUGGAGUUAACAAAUGUGCAAGAGCUUGCUGAAGGGUCUAAUGCUGCUUAUUUCCAGUUGCUGAACCUGUUUGCAUAUGGGACGUACCCAGACUACGUAGCAAACAAAGAUAAUCUGCCUGAAUUAACAGCAACUCAGAAAAACAAGCUGAAACACUUGACAAUAGUAAGCCUGGCUUCUAGAAUGAAGUGCAUUCCCUACUCCGUGUUGCUGAAGGACCUGGAUAUGAGGAAUCUGAGGGAGCUGGAAGAUCUGAUUAUAGAAGCGGUUUAUACAGAUAUUAUCCAGGGGAAGCUGGAUCAACGAAACCAGAUGCUAGAGGUGGAUUUUUGUAUUGGCAGGGAUAUUCAGAAGAAGGACAUCAGUAACAUUGUCAAAACGCUCCAGGAAUGGUGUGACGGUUGUGAAGCAGUUCUUUUAGGGAUUGAGCAGCAAGUACUGAGAGCCAACCAAUACAAAGAGAACCAUCACCGAACCCAGCAGCAGGUAGAGAUGGAGGUCACAAACAUAAAGAAAACAUUAAAAGCUACAGCCUCGUCGUCGGCACAGGAGAUGGAACAGCAGCUGGUAGAGCGAGAGUGCCCUCCACACACAGAACAAAGGCAGCCCACAAAGAAGAUGUCCAAAGUUAAAGGGCUGGUCUCCAGCCGUCACUAGAACAUACCAUCCAAGUGUCAUUCAGCUAGGAAUGACAGCAGGAGGAGCAAAAAAGGGCCUGUGUCUUCUUUUCCAGUGGGUUCUGGGCCAGCCCCUUCCAGGCUGGCAAAUAAAAGCCCUGUUUGAAUGCAGCACCUGGCAAAGUUACACUGUGCAGCCCCUAUUUGUUAUGAGGGUGUCUCUGUUCUGGUCCUUUAAAGAGGGACUUUUGAAGAGAGGGACUAGCACAAUGGGGCAGUAAAAAAGUCUGUGGACAGUUUUGCUCCCUCUCAGCCAGUUUCAUUGCUGCUUAACCUCUAGGAAGCUGCUGUACUAAAUCAGAUCUUGGGAGAACUUCUAUACUAAGAGUGAAUCCCAGGGUUGAAGUGUGGCUACCAAAGCCAGGCUGGGAGCGAGGAAGCCAUCAACACAGAUCUUUUCAUUCCCUGAGGGAGUGCAGAAAGGUUUCUAGGCCAGGAACUGCUUUGCAUGGAAGUCUUCAGCCUUUCCUCUACCCCUGUCUGUUUUGAACUGGGGUGAAAUUCACGCUACCUCGCUCUGUGAGGAUGAGAUUCAGUGCUGGGCUGUUUACUUAACUGUCUGUUUACUGCCCUUACUAAGCCCUUCAAUCUCUCGCAGAUUUAAUGCACUGGUCUGCAUCUCUGAGUCUUCAAUACAGGAAGGAGGAAGCAGGCUGCUCUUCCAAGCCUUCCUUCUUACAAAUGGUUAUGGACACAGCAGAAACAGCGUUCCUUUGGAAUGUGAUGUCACCUCUCAGAGCUGCUUGUGAGUUGUUCCCCAUAGAUACCUCCAGAGGGUGAUGCAUUUGCUCUUCCUUGGGUGCUAGUGACAGUGGUCUGUGUGGGAGAAGAGCCCCUUUAGCAGUGUGGCAGGCUGGUGGCCCAGGACCCACUGGCAAGGGUCACAGCAGUAUCCCCUUGCUGAACCAAUGGACUUGACUAGUCUUUCUGAAUUUUGAACACUUUCAGGUUGUAUUUUCUUUUCUUCUUUUGUACAUUGUUGUGAUUCUGAAGCAUUUCAGCCUUUGAUUUGUGUUUUUUUUUUAAUUUGUUACAGACCAACUUCAGGUGGUUUGCGCCUGAUUUGGUGAGGAGCGGGGUUUUUUUUUACGGGGGAGGAUGGGGUUGGCAG